AUGAAGUGCAUAGCGUUUGUGUCGAUGGUUGCAGCGACAUUGGCAGCCGCCGAUACUCCCUCUUCCUCCUCCACCGCCGCGAACCCAGGCAAAGACCGACCCCCAAUCGGCGCGCUCUGGAGCAGCACCUGGAGCGCGAGCACGCUCCACCCGUUCGUGCAGUCCUGCCACACGCAGUCGGUGCACCGCGGCAAGCUGCACACCCUGUCGCGCCUGUACCCAGAGCUGGAGGAGUUCGCGCCGCAGCUCAAGGUCUUCUACAACCAGCAGCCCUACCCGGGGUCCUGGGACGGCGCAGACCCGCACGGCAACGAGCGCGAGCUGCUCCAGAUGCAGAUGCAGCACCUGCCGUGGAAGGUGCGCGAGUGGAUCAAGAGGAAUGCAACGCAGCGGCACUACAGUGUGCAUGAUGAUGUGGUUUUCUUUGCGCCGGGCGCGAUUUAUCCGAUUUUGCCGCUGUGGGUGGAAGGGGAGCGGGAGGGUUGUGAAGGUGUUUUUGAUGGGUUGGAGACGUACUCGAAUGAGCCCAAGGACGGCAGCGUCAUUGGGAAGGUGUCGCACACGGAGGAUGCGGAGGAGGCGGAGUUUACGGUUGAGGCGCUGCGUGUUACGCUGCGGGAUGGUGCGGAGCGCAGUGAGCUGUGA